AUGUUACUCGUGUUUUUCAUAGGCUUUUUGACUUGUUGCAGUGCACUGUUUAGUAAUUACUAUGAGUCGUACACCGGAAAACGGAUAUCCGUUGAGGAAUUCAAGGAACAUGUGAAGAGGAAUACGUCUUUUUGGUGUACCAAUGAGAUCCUGCCAUGUAACCCACACGAAGGUCGGAGGUUGGACGGGUCCUGUAACAACUUGAAGUACUUCACCAUCGGUGCAAGUCAUACACCACCAUAUAGGAUGCUACCACCGUAUUAUAGUAAAGGACCUAUGGGAUUUGAGCCAAAAUUAACUAAAGGCGGUGAAGAAAUGCCGCUGCCUCGUGCAGUGCGAACCAGCGUGCUUCUAGAAGGACAUAUCCCAAACCUCGAGUUCACACACAUGCUGACGCAUUUCCUGGUAUUCAUUGUUGGCGAUUUUGUUUCUCUGCAAGAUACAGUAACCUACAUAAUAUGGAAGCCGUAUUGCUGCUCUGAAAGAGGCAAGAAAGACUAUGCCUGUGUCCCUAACUCCAUUCCAAACGAUGAUCCGAUACAUCGCUUUUCCGACAUUCGUUGCCUGAACAUGACAAGGCCUGAAUCUUUUCAAUCGGCUGGCUGCACUCCGAACACCACUGUUCCUGAAAGAGCCGUUUCUGGUACACCAGCUUUCGAUCUUUCUCACGUAUAUGGCAGUAGCAUGAAGGUACUAAACGAAAAAGGUAGAAUGUUCCAGAAAGGUCUGCUCAAGUAUGAAGUCGAAAAUGGCAAAAUAUGGCCGCCGAGUACCAAAGGACCUAAUUUAUGUUACGCAAACCAACCGCCACGGGAAACGAGGUGCCACGAUACACCUGAAGACGGGUUGAAUACAAUUCUUGGUGGUAACUUAAUGGCUGUUUGGAUCUGGCGAUACCAUAACGCAAUCGCAACUGCUCUAGGUGGAGUAAAUCCGUGCUGGGAUGAUGACCGACUCUUCUUCACUACCAGAGAAAUCGUUAUUGCGUCAAUCAUCCAGAUAUUUUACUAUGAAGUACUGCCUUUGAUCAUGGGUCGAGAGAACCUUAUCAACGAUGGAGUGAUUUCACCAGACUUAGGAUUCCGAGAUAUAUAUGACGACAGCCUGGCUCCACAAAUAUCUAUAGAAUAUCCGUUCACCUGGAGAUGGAUGCACACCGUACAAGAGGGGAAUGUUAAACUUUACGAUAGCAAAGGUUACCAUUUAAAUGAUUUAAAAUUGGUGAAUAUGACGUUGAGAACUGGUUAUGUGGCGGAAAACAUCGACGGCAUCACUCAAGGGGCGAUACGACAGCCGAUGGCAAAGUUCGACAAUGCUGUAGACUUUGACAUGGCAGAGGUAGUCCUGGGUCCACAUCAGCGAGCGAGUGACGUGUUCACGAACGAUUUAGCCAAAAAUCGUUACUUCUUUCUUGCUCCAUACAUCAAGUAUAGAGAAUACUGCUUCGGUGAGAGAAUUAGGAGCUUCGAUGAUUUAAGUCACGCGUUUGAACCUGAGAGAAUCGAACUUCUCAAAGAAAAGUACAAGGACGUGGAAGAUAUAGACCUGCUUGUUGGAAUGUGGCUCGAAAAAUACAUUCCAGGUGGGACAGUUCCAGCGACAUUCUAUUGCAUCAUCGCUCAUCAACAACUGCGUUCUGUUGUCUCUGACAGACAUUGGUACGAACGACCCAACAGGCCUAACGCGUUCACUUUGGACCAAUUAUUGGAAAUACGGAAAUUCACAAUAGCAGGACUUCUCUGCGCAGUUGGAGACUCUAUCACGGAAGUACAGCCUAAAGCUUUCUUGAGAGCUGGACGAGGGAACGAGAUGAUUAACUGCAAAGACAUCCAACAACUUAACAUAAUGGCAUGGCGCGACUCCUCUUGCAGAAAAAAUCCAUUUGGAUAA